UUAAACAGCUUAUGAAUAAAACAGGUUUAUCUCAGCGGGCUGGCGUUCGUCCUUGUGUGACACCAUUUUCUGGUCACCAUACGAACCAGCAGAUGGUGUGUUCAGUGACAGAGAGAUUUCCGAUACCUUCAUGCUCCAGUUAUUGAUCAGAAGAAUAUUCUACCAUAUGACCGCUCUGGAAGUAACAGUGACUGUUUGGUGUGUCAGAUUGUGAUGAAGCACUUUUAAUUUCUGGCAGCAGGCAGACAGACAGAUUAUUUGUUGUUUUGUUUAUGAAAAAAAAAGGUCUGUCUGGGUCUCGGUGAAGCUUUUUCCAACUGACAGCUCCGGUCCACCGGUUCACCUACGAGACGACAGGGGGAUAAAAAAAAACAAACAAAACAGAAAAAAAGACUGACAACAAUUAGCCUGGGAGACGGCGGCACGGGAUCAAUGAGCUUCGCAAACGUCCGGUUAUCAGGAAAACAGAUUGCUGACUGACCAGAUUUCAGUGUGAGAGAGAGAGAGAGAGAGAGAGAGAGAGAGAGAGAAAUGAGGCUGGAUAAUUAGGAAAAAGCAGGCUGUAUCCCCAAAGGGAAAGAGCAGCGAGCGCCGUGCAUGCAGCUAUUCGCACCAUCCCUCCGUCUCUAUCUCUUUAAGAGCCCAGAGAAGGAGUGUGUGUUCAGUGUGUGUGUGUGUGUGUGUGUGUGUGUGUGUGCAUGUGGGGGAGGGGUAUUGGCUGGGGUGGAACAGUCCUGUAAUGAGCAGAUUUUAGAGAGAGAGAGUGAGAGAGAGAGAGAUAGAAAGAGAAAAUAGCAAGGCCGAAAAAACAAGAGAGGACAGAUGACUUGGUGGAAUUGGGAUACAACAACAAUCCGGGUUUAGACGGGCGCUGAGAUGGAGAGGACAAAAGGAAGAGGAGAGGAAUAAUUUAUUUUUUCUUCUUCUGCUGUUUUCUCUCCAGGAGAGGAGAGAGCCUCAUCUUCAGAUCACAGCAGAGAGGAGAAGGAGAAGGAGAAGGAGAAGGAGGGGAAGCGAUACGAGGAGAUAUUCUCUCUCCGUUAUGUCUGCCGAGGUGUGUGUGCGAGGCUGAGGCUGUGUUUGUGUGAUGUGGAUGUGUGUGUCUCUGAGCGUUAGCCCGGAUCGCUCGUUUCCAGGCCAUGCUAUCGAGAAUUAUCUCCAACUUCCCUGAUUUUUUUUGUAGAUGGCGUACGAGCACAGCAGCAUCCCUGUCCUGUAUCCCUCUCUGUGUGCGGCAGAGACGUGGGGAUGCUCUAAUGUCUGAUUGAGCUGAGCUCGCUCGCUGCUGCUGCUGCCACCGCCGCCGCUCUGUGGGCCUCUGGGACUGCUGGAAAAGCCUAGGCCUCGCUCGUCUGGAGCGCCCCGCUGCACGGCCGAGGCGACGGGCCGGCGAGCUCCCCGGCUGCGAGGCUGCGUGGAGCAGGAAGGUGGAGGAGGAAGUGGAGGAGGAGGAGGAUGAGAAGCACUCUGAGCCUGCAUGCCCAUGGGAAGCAGCAUGCACAGCAGCUGCGUUCGUCACUCCAGACCCGUCGCUGAGGCUUGGACUGCUUCUCCAUCGUGAGGUGAUGCUCUUCGGGCCGUGUCUUGUUGAUUUCAAAAUGAGGAGCCGGUGUUUUACAUCCUGAACUAGCAGGAGAAGGAGCGUCGAGGCCCUGCACCUCCAUGCUACCAGGUUCAAACGAGGCCUCCUCCCUCUUUGCUCCUUCUGAGUGAACCAGGCCCUUGUUUGUUCUUUUUCUUGACGUUCUAAGGAUUUGCCUAAACCUGUUUCAUGCAUGUCCACUGGAGGCAGGUUUGACUUUGAUGACGGGGGGUCGUACUGCGGGGGGUGGGAGCAGGGUAAGGCUCAUGGCCGAGGGGUCUGCACGGGGCCCCAGGGUCAGGGCGAGUACGCCGGCGCCUGGAGUCACGGCUUCGAGGUCCUGGGCGUGUACACGUGGCCCAGCGGGAACAGCUACCAGGGCACCUGGGCGCAGGGCAAGCGGCAUGGCAUCGGCGUGGAGAGCAAGGGCCGCUGGGAGUACAGAGGGGAGUGGACGCAGGGGUUCAAAGGUCGCUACGGGCAGCUGGAGAGCACGGCCAGCGGGGCCCGGUACGAGGGGACGUGGAGCAACGGGCUGCAGGAUGGAUACGGCACUGAAACCUACUCCGACGGAGGAACCUACCAGGGCCAGUGGCUCGGUGGGAUGCGUCAUGGCUAUGGCGUGCGGCAGAGUGUCCCGUACGGCAUGGCGGCCGUCAUCCUCUUCCCUCUGCGAACAUCCAUAAACUCGCUCCGCUCCGAGCACAGCCACGGCCCUCCGGCUGUGCUGGAGGACGGCAGCGCCACCACGCCCACAGACGGGGUGGUGGCCGGGCUGGCGGGGAGCCCUGUGGGGCGAGGAGGGUUCGCUCUGACGGCUCCGAGUGAAGCCGAACGCCAAAGGAAGAGAAAAGGCCGCUUCAGACAGUCCAUCCUGAGCGGCCUGAAGCUGCGGCGCUCUGAGUCCAAAAGCUCUCUGGCCAGUCAGCUCAGCAAGCAGAGCUCCUUCUGCAGCGAGGCCGGCAUGAGCACCGUCAGCUCUGCUGCGUCCGACAUCCACUCCAACGCCAGUGAAAGUGAGCAGGGUGCUCCUGUGGACGCCACUGUCACAGAAAUGUACGCUGGCGAGUGGCGGAGCGACCAGCGGGCCGGCUGGGGCGUGAGCCGGCGCUCGGACGGCCUGCAUUACGAAGGUGAGUGGGCGGGAAACAAGAGGCACGGGUACGGAUGCACCACCUUCCCCGACGGCACCAAGGAGGAAGGAAAGUACAAGCAGAACGUGUUGGUGAGCGGCAAACGCAAGAACCUGAUCCCACUGAGGGCGAGUAAGAUCAGAGAGAAGGUGGACCGGGCUGUGGAAGCUGCUGAGAAGGCCGCAGACAUCGCCAAGCAGAAGGCGGAGAUCGCCAUGUCAAGGAUGAGCCACGCUCGUGGGAAGGCGGAGGCAGCGGAAGGAGUCGCUCAGAAGGCCACGGAGGAGUGUCGACUGGCCCGGAUAGCCGCCAAGGAGCUUUCUCCGUCCUUCCACAUCUACGGAAACGGGCUCGAAUGUCAGAGGCCUAAGCACCAGGACGCCAAGGACAAAGACCACGAGGUGAUCUCCACAGGAACAGACAGUCCGGAGCUGUGCACGCCGGACACCACGCCACCUGUAAUCACACCUGAUCUCAGCCCCGUGCUGAGCGUGCCCACCUCGCCGCCCCACAGCCCGCCCAAGCACGGCCACCGUCCCAGAAAUGCUUGCUUCAUGCGCCAGAGCGCCGUGGACGAUCAGGGUGGGGCCGAGAUCCAGGUUCUGGUGGAGGGGCGGGGCAUGGAUCUGCCGAGGGGCGGGGCUAACAACUGGACUGAUGACAUGUAUCCGGACCGAGGAGGCAGCAGCCGCUCCACCACACCCUCCCUGCUGGAGGAGCAGGAGGGCCAGAUUAACGGCCACGAGCAGGCCCCUCUGUCCAACCACAAACCACGGGAGAAAUCGUUGUCCAAUCACAAGUCCCGGGAGCACGCUUCCUCCUACAGAGCGUGGGAGCACUCCCUGUCCAACCAAAAGCCCUCUAAGCAUGCCUCUUCCAAUCACAAGUCGAGGGAGUACUCGUCGUCCAAUCACAAAACAUGGGAUCAUUCUUCCACCAAUCACAAGGCCUGCGAGCAUGCCUCUUCCAACUACAAGCCGCAGGUGCACAUUUUAUCCAAUCACAAGGCCUUGGAACAUAACAUGUCCAAUCACAAGACUUCUGAGCAUGCUUCUUCCAAUCACAAGUCCCAAGAUUAUAUCUCCUCCAAUCACAAUGCAAAGGACCACGUCUGUUCUAGCUACAACCCUCGAGAGCAUGUCUACUCCAACCACCAUCCAAAGCAGCACAACCCGUCCAACCACAAGCUUAACGAGCAUGCUGUAAUCGACCAAAGGCUAGACGGCCUCACCGGGGGCUGGACUGCUGAAAGCACCCUUAGGUGGAGCCCCGCCCACUCGCGCCUCACAGAGCAGGACGAGGAGCGGAUGAACGACUACACGGUGGACAUGAGGCUGUGUCCGGACUCGCAGACGUCUCGGGGGCUCGGCCCGGAGUCCCCGGCCCCCAAAAACAACAGGCUGCGAUCCCGAGGCCUUCGGCCGGUCAGAGAAGGAUCCAUGGACUCUGUACAGAUGCUGGACAACCUGAAUGUGGGGGCGGAGCUGGAGGAGUGGCCGCUGCACAGGGACCUCACCCUCUCCCCACCCCUAAAGUCUCAGCCCAUCACUCUGGAGCAGGAAGGAGAGCAUCUCACCCUCAAAUCAAACUCAGGCUCCAGCUCUAUUCUGGUGGUUAUGGUCAUUUUACUCAAUAUUGGAGUAGCCAUUCUUUUCAUUCACUUCUUUAUUUAAGCUUAUACAGGUAUGAUCUACUAAGACUUAUUGAUAACUACGGUAUAUUAUAUUAUUACUUACUGAGACGGACAUUCUGCCUAUUCGACUGGAGCCCGCAGCCCGAGUGACGGACACAGCAGAGCCUUUCUAUUGUUGCUACUGGUCUUUUCUCCUCUGUUGAAGCCCAUCUGAGUUUCUACGAAAGCACCGUUUCCUUUUUCAAAAAAUGCUUCCUUUGAGCUUGCAACCAUAGAAAAAGAAAAGUAAGAAAGUCGUGAGUGCAGCUUUAAACUAGCGUGGUGUACCGGGACACACGUGCACGGGCGUCCAUCAGCGAUGGACUGGAGAUGGCGCAGGCAGUCUGGCCCAUUUUUCCAUCAUCCUAGACGAGAAUAUAGCAACCCUGUGUGUCCUGGUUAUCAUGAGAAACAUGCUAACCAAGAGCAUCAGACAAUAACCCCUUUUUGCCUUCUAACCCUUCCCCCCUCUCGGCCCCCUCCACCGGUCUCUAACCCCUGUUCACACUAUGCGCUACAUACAGAACUAUGCUGCAAGAGUAGAUCCAUUUUAAAGGGCUCCGUCAUUAUUCUUUUCUUUUCUUUUCUUUUUUCCACUACGAACUACACGAACGCACACAACCAUUGCAUGAGGCUGUGUGGGGUUUUAAAAAGUGCAUUUUCUAAUCCCUUUAACAUCACUUGUUUCUGUCCUCAUUUGUACGCACGCCAUCCCGGUUUAUCACUUCCUGUCGGCGGACGUUCGCGUCCGAAAAUUGGGAAAAAUGAAAAUCACAGAAUCGGAUCAAAAAACGUUGAUGACCGACACGCUCCAAGACCCACGAGUUUAAAAAAAAGAAAAACCCUCGAGGAACUUCCUGAAUUUAUUGUUAAGUGACACAUUCGCACUCCGAACACACACACACACACACACACACACACACUUUACAUUAAACUGCUGACAAACUGAGGAGGAUUCAGCCUUGCCCCUUUGUACAGCCUUGAGACUGUUAUGUUAUAACCACUAAUUCUACUAUAUAUGUGUAUGUGUCAUUAUUAUUCAAGUUUGUUACUUUUUGCAGUUUGCAAGACAGAGAGAAUGCUGAGUGCCUCGUAUUUAUUCAUUUUCCGUCUCUAAUUUAUUUAAACCCGACCCGACCCGACCCCAGCACAAAAACCCGCCCCCAGAACAAAACC